AAAAUAUUAGCAACUCCGGACAAUAAUGAAGAAAAUUUAAGUAAUAAUAAUGAGAGGAAGAUCAUGCGUAGGGACAUCGAAAGACAAAGAAGGGAACAAAUGGCCUCUCUGUACUCAUCACUUCGAUUGCUGCUUCCUCUUGAAUUCAUCAAGGGAAAGCGUUCAGCCUCGGAUCUCAUAAACGAAGCUGCCAAUUAUAUUAAACACAUGACAGAGAAGAUCCAAGGACUCCAAGUCGAGCGAGAUCAGCUGAAGAAUCUAUCCAAUUCGACUGCUUUUAUUCCUGGGAUCGAAAUUUCGAAUAAUUGUUCACUGAACUAUGCUACAGUUCGUGUAUCCGAGGCUGGAGUUGAGAUUUUGAUGAGUAGCUGGUUGAGAGAGGAAGGUUUUCUUCUAUCAAAGGUGCUGGAAUUAUUGCUUGAAGAAGGACUUAGUGUGAUUAGGUGUGCCUCCAACAAAACAAACCAAAGGUUAUUUCUUACAAUUCAGUCCGAGGUUUGCGAUCCGACUCGCUUCAAUCUAUCUGAGCUUCAACAGAAGUUAAAUGCUAUGUGCAAUUACGGGUGA